UUGAAACCCAGACAGAGAACUAUAAUUUAACUGAAGUCAUUACCCAUACCAUCACCCAUCGUACAGCAGCAGAUGGGUAUAAUGUGAAGGCUGGUAGUUGAGGAGGAGGCUCAAAGUUACUCCUGAAGCUUUUGAUGUAACUGGAUUGGGGCAAGAAAAGCGAUGGGAAGGCCACGGUUCAUAAUUCCUUUCAUCCUCUUUGCUGUGAUGCUGAUGGGCACUGGAGCAAAACAAAAUUGUGUGUGCAGUGGAAAAUCAAGGUGCCACUGUGAAGGAGUGAAAGGCAGCAGGGGAGACAAAGGUUUUUUCGGAGCCCCGGGUCCCCCAGGCUCAGACGGCCGUCCAGGACCAGAUGGUCAUGCUGGACCAAUGGGACCAAAGGGUAGCACUGGGCCUAGUGGACCUUUGGGGCCCAAAGGGGAUCCGGGACCUGAAGGUAAAGAAGGAUUUGCUGGGUCUCAUGGUUUACCGGGUAUCCCAGGUUUACAAGGGCCUCCGGGACCCCCAGGGGCGCCAGGUUGCAAUGGGACAGAUGGAGAAGAUGGAUAUCCUGGUAUUCCCGGGGCCCCUGGCAGUGAUGGACAUCCAGGCCAACCUGGUCUGUCUGGACCUAAGGGUGAAUCCCACAUAACAGUGAAUCCAAUACAAGGACCACCUGGGAGGGACGGAGUGCCGGGAGAUUCAGGUUUCCUUGGAGAGCAGGGUCCGAUAGGGGACCCUGGACCACGGGGCACUGAUGGGUUUCCUGGUCGUCCAGGGCCUCCAGGACUGAAGGGUCAGGAAGGCAGAGGCAGUAUCCCAGGGCCUCGUGGGCCAAAGGGGAGACCGGGACCAGUGGGCCCACCUGGGCCACCGGGUCGGAUUAGGGAAUUUUUUACUGGCAGUCUCACAUUAAAGGGUGUAAAAGGAGACAGAGGAGAUGUAGGAUGGAAAGGCUGCAAAGGUGAACCAGGAAGCCCUGGUUAUCAUUAUUAUGCCACAGGAGCAAAGGGAAACAAAGGACAGGGAGGUCCAGAGGGAGUGCAAGGGAGGGAUGGUGAUCCCGGACAACCUGGACUUAAGGGGCUGCCUGGCCCCAGAGGUGAUCCAGGAUAUUCAGGGACACCAGGAGGGACGGGUGAAAAGGGAAAGAGAGGUCCCCCUGGUCCACCUGGAGAUAUACUUGUGACCGAACCGCUCAAAGGAUACCAUGGAGAGCCUGGUCGCCCAGGCCAACCUGGCCUUGCUGGGCCUCAGGGUGUUUUGGGGUUUCCUGGACCUGAUGGACCUCCAGGUCAUACGUCUGGGAUUUAUGUGCCAGGCCCCCCUGGUCCCAGUGGUUUUCCAGGCCCCAAAGGGGACCCUGGAGAACCAGGGAAUAUCUUUACAGGGCUUCCAGGUCCUGAUGGGGAUGUUGGGGAUCCGGGGCCCCUUGGGGAUCCGGGACCACCCGGACCUCCUGAAGAUAGAACUAACAGGAUUACAAAGGGUCUCCCAGGAUUGAAGGGAGUGAGGGGUUUGCCUGGACCUAUGGGAUACGAUGGGGUGUUUGGAAUGAAAGGAGAGAAGGGGGAGCCCUGUUAUGAGUGUUUUGGAUCAGGACCCCCAGGACCACCAGGUCUCCGAGGUCCACCUGGUGUCCCUGGCCACAAUCAAGGACCAGGUGCUAAAGGUGAGCCUGGCUUUCUUGGACCGAGAGGCCCGCCUGGAAGACAAGGUCCUGUUGGUGAAAUGGGAUUUCCAGGUGCCCCUGGGCAAAAGGGGGACGCAGCUUACUACAACCUUCCUGGGAUAAAGGGGGAGAGAGGAGACCCAGGACAGCCUGGUAGGUCUGGUCCAGAUGGCCUCCCUGGGUCUCCUGGGCUGCCAGGUCGCAAAGGCUAUCAAGGGUCUCCAGGGGAUUCGUAUCCCGUUGAUGGAGCAGAGGGAGAUCGUGGUUUCCCAGGUCCACCAGGACCUUUAGGCAGACCGGGACCAGUUGGUUAUCCGGGGCAAGUGGGCUAUGGGCCUGCUGGAUUUCCUGGAAUGAAGGGAGAUCCUGGGGUACCUGGCCUGCCAGGGCAUCCUGGAAUUCCAGGUCAGAAAGGGGAAUCUAGCCAUAUCCACACCAAAGGACUUCCUGGUCCACCUGGGAUUAAAGGUCUCCCUGGCUCUCCCGGAAGCCCAGGUUAUCGUGGAGCACCAGGUACCCCUGGAAUACCAGGUUUACAUGGACAGAAAGGAGAAAAGGGUGAUGUGUCAUAUCCUGGAAGGCCUGGGAUCCCAGGACAGAAAGGUGAAAAGGGGCAGCCCGGUCUACCAGGCAUUCCAGACAGGGGCUUUCCAGGUCAACCAGGUCUGCAAGGCCCUCCUGGUCCUCCAGGACUGAAGGGCGAUGGUGGUGCUGGAUACUCUGGACUCCCAGGCGCCCCAGGGCUUCCAGGAGAAGAUGGAGAUCAGGGACCUGUAGGAGACCCUGGGAUCCCAGGCCUUCCUGGGACCCCUGGACUAAUUGGCAGUCCUGGUUUUCCAGGAGAAAAAGGAAGUAAAGGUUCUGUGGGCCCCCCCGGACUACCUGGUAGUAAAGAUUCAUGUGGAAGUUUAACUGGAUCAGAGGGACAACCAGGACAAGAUGGUUCUCCAGGACAUCCAGGGCCUAAAGGCUUACCCGGUGAGAAAGGGAAUGCAGGUUUGCCAGGGUUCGGUCGUCCUGGCCCCCCCGGAGAGCCAGGUCUCACUGGGCCAUCAAUACCAGGUUUACCUGGGCUUCCUGGUCAAAAAGGGAUCAAGGGACAAAGGGGUCUGCCCGGUCACCCAGGACUUAGAGGAGAUCCUGGACCAGAUGGAAUAUCAGGAUAUGGACCAGUAGGAUUGCCUGGAAUAACAGGACCACCAGGUCAAAUAGGUGCCCCCGGCCCAGACGGAGCCAAAGGUUCCCGGGGUCCCCCGGGCAUAAAUGGGGAACCAGGUCCUAGAGGUCCUCCAGGCCCUUUAUCACCUCCACAAUUAGGCAUUCAUGGGCUCCCAGGAAACCCUGGUGCUACAGGUCAACCUGGUCUACCUGGUCCCCAAGGAGAUACAGGAAUUAUUGGGCCAAAAGGACAGAGAGGCAGACAGGGAGCACCAGGGAGCCCUGGAUUAAGAGGUGCCCCAGGUGAUCCAGGCGUUGAUCAGCCAGUCCUCUCAGAAGGAAAUCCAGGACCUUCUGGAGCUCUAGGAGACCCAGGAAUCAGAGGGCCUCCAGGUCCAAAAGGGCUUAAGGGAAACCGAGGGAUCCCUGGAGAGCCAGGUCCAGAUGGGGCACCUGGUUCAACCGGUUACAAAGGAGCUAAAGGAGAGCCAAAUUACAGUGGAUAUGGACUGCCUGGACCAAUAGGACAAAAGGGUGAACCAGGAUUGAUCAGUACUGAUGUGAUGAACGGUCAGAAAGGUGAACCUGGUGUUCCUGGACCUGUAGGUCUACCAGGAAGCCAUGGAGCUAAAGGAAACCCAGGACCUGUUGGACAACAUGGUUCAUCAGGCUAUCAAGGUCCUAAAGGUUCAGAUGGGCCUCCAGGAGGCAAAGGACGGCCAGGACCUAAUGGACCGCCAGGUAUCCCAGGUCCACCAGGUAUCGGUGGUUAUCCGGGGCCUAAAGGUAACCAGGGCCGGGAUGGGAUCCCUGGACCUCCGGGUCAAAAAGGAGAAACUAUCACACUAGAAGGGAGGCCUGGCAGGCGUGGUGACACAGGUCAACAAGGUCCCUCUGGGAACCCUGGUCCCCCUGGCUUGUCUGUUACAGGGAGCCCUGGACCAAUAGGAGACAGAGGAUCUCCAGGGCCACCCGGGGCCUCUGGUCCGAGAGGACUACAAGGAGGAGAAGGGGCUUGUCUUCCUGGAUUAAAAGGAGACCUUGGCAAUCGCGGAAAUCCCGGUUUCCAAGGUAGUCCUGGCUUACCUGGCCCUCCUGGUCCCAUAGCAUCAGGAUUUAAAGGAGACAGGGGGGACACAGGUCUUACAGGAAACCCAGGCUUUUGUGGAUCCCCAGGAGAUCCAGGCCCUCAAGGACUUCCUGGUGCAAGAGGCAGACCUGGAAGCCCAGGUCCAAGAGGUGAUUCUGGUCAUCGUGGAAUCCAAGGACCCCUUGGUGACAAGGGAAACCCUGGACACAUUUCAGGCCCGCCUGGUCCACCUGGGAUCAAAGGUUUUCCUGGACGACCCGGCUUCAAAGGUGAACCAGGAAUUGGCAAGGUAGUGUAUGAACCAGGACCUCCUGCUUUACCUGGUCCUGCUGGCAAUCGAGGAGCCCCAGGGAGCACUGGACCAUCAGGGCCACCAGGCCGUCCAGGCCAGCCAGGCAUCAAAGGAAUGCGUGGUCCAAGCCCAGUUGGCCAGCCAGGAUUCACUGGCCGAAAAGGAGACAAAGGAAGUGCAGGACUGCCAGGUGCAGACGGCAGACUUGGAGACCCAGGCCGAAAGGGCCCUCCAGGGUUGUUAGGCAGAGGUCGUCCAGGUUUUGUUCACAGUUUCCUGAUAGCUAGACACAGUCAGAGCAUCCUUAUCCCUGACUGUCCUCACGGCACCAGCCUCAUCUUCUCUGGUUACUCCUUCCUCUUCAUCAACGGAAAUGAGAGAGCUCAUGGUCAGGAUCUCGGUACCAUGGGAAGCUGUCUGCCUCGUUUCUCCCCCAUGCCCUUUCUGUUCUGUGACACAGAAAGCAAUUGCCGCUAUGCUUCUCGCAACGACUACUCAUACUGGUUGUCCACUGAUACACCUAUGCCGACCAACAUGGUUUCCAUCACAGGGGACAAGCUGGUCUCCUACAUAAGCAGGUGUUCAGUGUGUGAAACCACCUCCAAUGUUAUAGCCGUCCACAGCCAGACAAUUCUGAUACCUAAAUGUCCACAAGGCUGGGAGUCCCUGUGGAGUGGAUACUCAUUUGUGAUGCAAACUGGUGCCGGUGCAGAAGGCUCUUCUCAGCCCCUGGUUUCUCCUGGUUCAUGUCUGGAAAGCUUCCGCCAAGUACCUUUCAUUGAGUGUCACGGCAGGGGAACGUGUAACUACUAUCCUGAUUCCUACAGCUACUGGCUGGCCUCCCUAGACCCCAACAACAUGUUUAGUAUAACCGUUCCUAAGACAGUGAAGGGACCAUCUCUGCAGAGUGUCAUCAGCCGUUGUCGAGUCUGCAGGAAAUUGCACAGAUGACAGACACAAUAACAAUAAACAGUUUUUGCUAUCAUUUGAAA